AUAUUUCGAGACGCGACGAGUCAAAGUCGAUCUAACCGGAGCUCACGGUGUACUUUCACUCGCAAUGACCUUCCCUGUCGAAGGCCAAAGUCCGUCUCCCCUGGAUCCGUAUUUCUCGCCAUUUGAUAUUUUCUUUCUCCUCCUUUUUCAAUUCACAUUCCAUUAUGGCGAUGACGUAACCUGUGGACUUAUAACUGAAUUGGAAUUGCACUCAAUAAUUGAUCAAAUCGGAAAUCAUCGUGGAAUUUCGAGUUUUCGUAAUUCUUCAUGAAUGAAAACUCAUUCAAGAAUACUACGAAACGAUAUUGAUAACAGAGCAAAUCGGAAUAAUUUUCCAUUUUUACAGCAACCAACAACCGUUCAUGUCCAUAAAUUCAAAAGCAACUAUUUCUAUUCGAAAUAUAUUUUGCAAUAUAUUCAAUAAUAUGUUCAACGUUAAAUAUAAUUUUGAUUUUUUUAAAUGUGAAUAACGAGCGUGUAUAGGCACAAGUAUCACGUGAGUGUAAAACAUCGUACGAUGCACAUUCUCGUUACUUUAUAUGCGUGCUGUCACUCCAGCCCCCGCCGUCAGGGACAAUGCCAUUGCCAUAGCGAAACAGUGAAAGUACAUAUGGUCAUUUGACUUGAUCUGGCCAGCUCGCGAGGUUUACCACCCGGCGUUUUACAAUAGCCGUACGUCUGUCUCUCUCGCUCUUCACAGAAUGUUUUGUCACAUAGAGGGGAGCAUUUACGUUUUAUACGAAAGUAAGUGACGAGUGAUCCGCCACGCUCGAGCUUCUCGCGACGUAUUUUCACUCGUCAAGAACACUGUGUUUCUUUUUAUUAUUCAGUAGAAUAAUCCACCGUGAGCGUACGAUGCAGACUUGCCUGGGAAGCAUUCUUUGCCUACUUCUCGUUGCGGAUGCUAAAACGGCGAUCGUACCUCCACCCUGGGCCAAUCCGUCGAGUAACCCCUGCGCCUCGCAACCCCGAGGCUGGCAGUUACUCUAUUGGCCGGCGGAUGGAAAAUGUUACAAAAUAUUUCAGAUCGGAGCACCGUGUCCCGAAACCAUGGAGUUGGGACCCGCUGCCAAAGGCGGUGGCACAGUCGCCGAGUGCAAAUGUCCACCGGGUACCGUACAAUCACCCAGAGACGCUCUGUGUCACCCCAUUUUUUCAAAAGCGUCCUGCGACCGAGGGCAAUACUUCGCACCGGUACCCGAAACACCCGGCAGCAUUGGUUCCAAACGAAGAUGGGGUGUGUGUCGCAACGUCGAGGAAUGCGCGGCGAAAGGCGACGUUUAUUGGCCACGAGAUGGAAAAUGUUACGCAAAAUUGACACGAGGACCGUGUGUUCGUGGUGAGCUAUUGAUCCUGGGAGACGACGGUUUAGCGACGUGUUCGUGCUCCGUGGAGGGUGAACUGGGAAGAUAUCAUUGGCCCGGUGUCGGAGGUGGUUGUCACGAGCACUAUACUCGGGGUCCUUGUACGGAGCCCGGAGAACUGUUUUUGCCUGGUGGUUACUGCGGUUGCAACAGUAAUUUGCCGCAUUACCAUGAAGAAACGAAAAUGUGUUAUCCGCUCGGUGGAAUAGGGCCGUGUUUACCAGGACACAAUUUCGUCGUGACGACGAUGGAGAACCCGUCGAGCGAAGAGAUCGUCCGGGCCAAAUGUACCUGCAAACCCGGUCAUGUGUUAUACAAAAAUGGUAUUUGUUAUCGCGUGCAUACACGUGGUCCAUGCGACUAUGGCGAGAUGCUCGCUAACUCGACGACUUGUGUGAGCGUCCCUUGCAAACGGGGCAGGCUUUAUUUUCCGAGUGAAAAAACUUGCUACAAAAUAGGCUCGAAAGGGCCCUGCCCCAACGGACAGAUAGUUCUGUAUGAUAGCAACGUCAGACCAUCCCUCGAUGGCAUUAGUUACAAUGGAGUUUGUGGCUGUACAAACGACCUUAAGGAUUCGGGCAAAUGCUCGGACGAGGGUAACGACAGCUGCGAAAACACCCCGGGUAUGGUCGUCAUAAACAAAACUUGUUAUAAACUUUAUACCCAAGGACCUUGCACCACUGGGGAAUGGCUAGUCGCGAGAAGAACAUCGAGAGAUGAUUUGUGGAAGCCGAGGGAACCGAAUAAAUCGAAGGCUCGAUGCGAGUGCCGCCCGGGAUACAAGAGAAUUAGUGACAGCUCCGAACCCAACGACGUCGAAAGUAAUGUUCUGAGCUCCGGUGGCAAUUGCCAACCACCCGCUGUCGGAUUAGCCAGAUUCUUAAACGCAAGAAUAAAAUCCAUCAACUUUUGAACACAUUUGUGAUCGACAGACUUCUCAAGACAGUGAAAUGUUGCAAUGAACAAGUGUGCUAAGCUCGUACGUCAUGUCGCAACGAAACAACAAACGAACUCGACUGAUUCAACGAUCGAAACGCUAUUCGCCCUCGAUCGUUGCUAUACGUGUGACAAAAACUCUUAUUUAUUUAUCCUCCAUGUGCCUCACUCUGUUACACGUUGUAAAUAUUUCGUACUGUAAUUAUACAAGUUAAAUAUCGUAGUUCAGAAAUUUUUGUUCUGCAACACCCACCGUUUUAGUAUAGUUUAUCAAUUAUAUGAUGUACCAUGCAAUGUAGAUAAAUAAUUUUCAAGACUCA